AUGCUUUUCGACGGUGUCGAGAGUGACGGAGUCGUCGACGGCGAAGGGGCGUCCCGAGCGAGGCUUGUCUUCGAAGCCCGUGCCUCUUUCCUUGAAGCGGGCGAACCAGUGAUGCAUCGCAGCGAUGGAAGUGAUGUCCUCCCCCAAUGCGCUGUUGAUGUUAUGGACUGUUGCUGUCGCUCCAGUGUCGUUGCUGUCACUCCAGCACCUUUCAUGGAAGAUGAUGGCUCGAAGAGAGUCUUGGUAAAUUAA